UAGAUAGUUCAUAUUUGACAUAAAGGGAACUCUAACUUAAUUUGUUCAUAAAAUUACGAGGAAAUGUCCAAAUUUACCUCAUAACAUUAUUAAUAUUAUGAGGUUUUAGAUCACUUCAACUAUAAACUUUGAUUGCCUAUGCGAAAUCUCAAUUUGCAUGCUCGUAUAGACCUAGUUUGUGGUAUUGCGAACCUGCUGGAUCAUUAAACACCCUGAUUUAAAAGGCCUUGUUUGCUAAAGAUAAGAUCAUGGUAACUAAAGAUGAUGUUUACACCUCUGGGGAUUAAAAAAAGCAAAAUGUCUCCCUUGACCUAUAAGAAAAUGGUGGAUUUACCACACUUCCCCUGCAAUCAAUUCAACCGAAUCUGAUAACUUUUCAUAGAUAUAAAUGUCUCUCUCAAGCUAGGCUCCUCAAUCAGGUCCAGCUUCUCUCUCAAGCUAGGCUCCUCAAUCAGGUCCAAAGCUGCAAAGUACAGCUGUUGAUCAAUGUCUCCCAUCUCAUCCGGUGCUCUAAUGCAAUUAGUUAUGCUUGCACUGGCCUUGAUGAAGAUGGAUUUUCAGGAUGAGAGGACUCACCAGCAGGAUUUGAACUUAAGCCUGGGUGGAGUUCAUUUUAUGGCGUCUAACAAUGAUUGCAGUGUGAGAGAAUACGACAUGGAGAGGUUUCAGCUUCUGAAUCACUUCCAGUUCUGUUGGCCAGUUAAUGAGGCUUGUAGAUUUUACUUGAUAGAAAGUUCCUUCGCUCUCGCAAUUGCCUUUUUCAUUAAUGGAGCCGUUAUUUCUGUAAGUGGUGCUGUUUGCAAUUCCUCAAAUUUAAAUCCAGAAGAUCAGUCAAAAUGCAAGGACUUGGACUUGAACCAGGCUUCUUUUCUGCUUAGACAUGUUUUGGGUAGUUGGACUUCAAAACUUUUUGCAAUUGCUUUGUUGGCAUCAGGUCAGAGUUCUACCAUAACAGGAACUUACGCAGGGCAGUAUGUCAUGCAGGGUUUCUUGAAUCUACGAUUGACACCAUGGAUAAGGAAUUUCCUAACUCGAUGCUUGGCAAUUGUCCCUAGCUUAAUUGUUGCACUCAUUGGUGGCUCUUCUGGGGCUGGAAAGCUAAUUAUUAUUGCAUCUAUGAUUCUAUCAUUUGAGCUUCCUUUUGCUCUCAUUCCACUCCUCAAGUUCACUAGUUGCCAAACCAAGAUGGGGAUGCACGCCAACUCAACUGUGAUUUCAGCUAUCACUUGGAUCAUUGGUUCCUUGAUCAUGGCAAUAAAUAUAUACUACCUUGCAACUGGCUUCAUCAAGAUUCUUCUUCAUGGCCAUUUAGAAGUGGUAGAAGUUGUUUUUCUUGGAAUAUUUGGAUUUUCAGCAAUGGCAUUGUAUUUGGCUGCAAUUGCAUACUUGGUGUUCCGUAAAAACAAGGAAGCUACUCAUCUUUUGGCACUAACGACACCGGAAAGUCGACAGAUGUCUAACGAGUUGGGCGAUACGCCAAUGCAUAACCUCCCAAGAGAAGACAUAGUACGGAUGCAGUUACCUCAAAGAAGGUCUACAGAAGAAGUGGUAGGUGACUGAAAUAGCAUUUAGAAUAGUAAAAUAAGAAGUUUUUGUAGCAGCAGCUGAAACCCAGUUUCUCUCUAAUGAAUAGAAGUUGAAAGACAUUCAAGAUCUAUAAAUGGAAGCUUUGUUUUAUUUUCUCAUUCA